ACCUAGGUCAAAGCCUUCUGGCCGCGCGAACAAGCUACCGGGAUAGCACAGUGUCAGGCAGUGCGCUUGCCUUGAACGAGCUGGGCCUCGAGGACAAGCCCGCCGGUUGUCUAAAUCCCCAGGCACAAAAUCACCACACCACCCAGACCAGCAGUCAGCACCCGAGCCGCCUUCAUUCCAUGCUCCGUUGGGCUACGCAUGCCUUAAUCGGCGAUACCAUCAAAUUCAAAAUGGAAGUUGAGGUGCAGCAGGAGCUGCUUCUCGCCGGCGACCCCUUGAUCCAGGCUACGACCCAGAAUGAGUCCCUACAAAACCACACACCAUACGACUUCCUCGAACCUCCAGGCCCUCAGUCCAGCGGCAACAGGCCCUUGGGCACUAUGAACUGGCUCGACGGGCGAGAAAUAGUAGCCGCCUCUAUCCCGCAGCCAGCCCCCCCGGACUACGACGAUUUCGUACAGAGAGACUACGUCGAGCGCCGCAAGCAGCUGCAAGUGUCGUGGGUCAGCUGGGCCGAGGCGAAGCGUCUCGAGCAUCGUUGUAACUACGCUAAUUUUCGAGACUCGGUGGCGGCGCGCGUGGGCGGCCGCGGAGCUAGCAACGAAGCUGGCACAAAAACUCUAGACAAGGCAGCCACGACACGCCAGCUCAGGCUCAGACUCAAGAAGGCGUUCUUGCUCGACAAGAUGGAGAACUGGGCGCACAAGAUAAAGGUGUUCAGGAAGGAAAGACGGGCCUGCACCCAGGAGCUAAUCCGAGAGCGCCACGAGUACUACCUCGAGCGCGCCAAGAGCCUCGAGGACGAGUUUGCGGCCAAGAUGGCCAUCACAGUGGCGGCCAGUGAGACGGAGGGCGGCCCGCACAACAACGAUACCAGUCCUGCCGCUACUAAAGGUUCACAGACUAGCGCAAAGGAGGAAGUUACAGGCAAGGACGCCGUAUUUGAACUCAGCAAGAAGCUGAUGGGCGCCAGUGAGAGGCAAGUGCUAACCCGGGAGCGUUCUUUCUAUCCGUUUCUCCUCCUCCAAUUUUUCCGGAAAUUUUCUGUACUAUUGUCCAUUGUCAAAGUUAACAAACCGUAGCGACUUCCCAAUACCCGCAUUCGGGAAACUUCCGGGGCCAGAUAAUUGGAGGUAAACGAAACAGAGCAUGCAGGAUGCGGCAUUACCGAGCCCCUGGAGGUAGAUAGCAGGGUUGGGGAUCCACUCAACGUGUAACAAAAUGGAGUGCAUAUGGUGCAGCUGUGUUUUUUGAUUGUGUGAUAGCAGGUGACAUAUAUGUGCAGCUUUAGUAGCCUGGCC